UGUAUCUUACACGCAAACUUUGAUUAAUGUGUUCCUUUUCAUUAUCUUUAUUUUUUUCUAUUUUUCCCCUGUUCGAGUAAUGAGUAUGGAGGAAGAUAGAAAGGUUGCGUUUCAAAUAAUCUUUGACUCUUUAUAAAAUUUUCUGGGGUCUCUAGAAUCAGUCCGUUGCUCUUUUGGGUAUCUUCCAUAUAUUAUGUUUGUCUUGUGUUCAUCUUGGGUAGCAUCUAAUCUAUCAUCAGAGUUUGUGUUCGAAUGAAAUAUAAAUAAGUGAUUUGAAGAAGACUGGGAGGUCGAUCAUCACAUUAACAGGCUUCGAAGUUGUUCAUACGAAUCUUCGAUACAGAGGAAAUUAAGAUAAUUUUCGACGAUGGGUUCAUCAGGGGACCCAAAGCCUGAAGCAACUUGUACCAAGCCUUAUGGAAUUCGGUUCAUAGUGUACAUAAGGAACUCUGCUAUACCAUUCAGAACAUACCAGACCAUUGUCCUAGUUGUGACAUUUUUCGCAUAUGCUAGCUAUCAUGCCACUAGGAAGACCACAAGCAUCGUCAAGAGCACCCUAGACCCGGAAGCAUCAGUGAGCAGCUUGAGUUUCUCUCCAUGGCCAAGGAACCACUUCCUAAGAUCAACUGAGCUUAAAAAUGGUUGGGCUCCUUUUGAUGGGUCAGAUGGCUCAGCUUUGCUAGGGGAACUAGAUGUGGCUUUUCUUGCAGUUUAUUCCAUGGGAAUGUAUUUUGCUGGACACUUGGGGGAUAGGCUGGAUUUAAGGAUCUUUUUGACAGUGGGAAUGGUUGGGACUGGUGUAUUUACUUCGCUCUUCGGGUUUGGUUAUUGGUUUAAUAUCCAUAGUUUCUACUAUUACUUGAUAAUUCAGAUGAUUGCAGGUCUUUUCCAGGCAACUGGAUGGCCUUCAGUGGUUGCAGUAGUUGGUAAUUGGUUUGGGAAGAAGAAGCGUGGGUUGAUUAUGGGUAUUUGGAAUGCUCAUACUUCUGUUGGAAACAUAGCAGGAUCUCUGAUUGCUUCAGCUUUAUUGAAGUAUGGUUGGGGCUGGUCCUUUGUUGUUCCUGGUCUCCUUAUUUCCUUUGUUGGUUUGGUGGUGUUUCUAUUGUUACCAGUUACUCCAGCUUCUGUUGGAGCUGAAAAAGAAGAUGAUGAAGAGCAAUCCCCUAAGAAGAUUGCUGAGGGAGUAACAGAACCUUUAUUAGGAUCGGAAUCAGAUGUGGUUAAGGACAAACCUGUUGGGUUCAUAGAAGCAUGGAAAAUUCCUGGGGUUGCUCCCUUUGCUCUUUGCCUCUUCUUCUCCAAGUUGGUGGCUUAUACAUUUCUCUAUUGGCUUCCAUUCUACAUUAGCCAGACAGCGAUCGAUGGUAAGUAUUUGUCCAAUGCAACAGCAGGGGAUUUAUCUACAAUCUUUGAUGUUGGAGGGGUGCUUGGUGGGAUUCUUGCUGGUCACAUUUCUGACCGCCUUGAUGCCAGAGCUAUUACAGCAGCGAGCUUCAUGUACUGUGCAAUCCCAGCACUUUUCUUUUACCGGUGCUAUGGAUAUGUCUCCUUGUAUGUGAACAUUGCCCUCAUGUUCGUCACAGGCAUGUUUGUCAAUGGACCCUAUGCCCUUAUAACAACAGCAGUAUCUGCCGACUUGGGCACCCACAGCUCAUUAAAUGGUAACUCACGAGCAUUGGCAACAGUAACAGCAAUCAUAGAUGGGACUGGCUCUGUGGGAGCUGCCAUUGGACCAUUACUUACUGGCUACAUUGCUGCGAAGAGCUGGAAUGGAGUAUUCACAAUGUUGAUGGUAGCUGCUCUGGUAGCAGGGCUUCUUCUAACAAGACUAGUAAUAGCUGAGGUAGCUGCGAAGAUUCAGUAUUCAAGGUCGCAAGGUGGUAUUCAGUCGAGGCCUGAAACUACCAUGCCUGAAGUGUAGUUUCUUUGUGAAGGAUGAAGAAGGUGUUUCGUGGUGUUUAUGAUGUGAUAGUCAAGAAUGCGUAUAGAUAUCUGGUUGAUUGCCCCUGAUGACAAACUAGAUGAAGGGGUAGAAUGAUAUGUUGUAUGAUUUUUCCUAAAGUGUUUGGAGGAUGGGAGAGUGUCCUCCUCCAUGACCAAGAUUGCCAUCAUUGGAGGAGGAUCGGGUCCUUAUUUAUGUAACUAUAUUUCUCUCUGUACAUUAGCUUUGUAAGUUAUAAGCAGGGUGGUUUGGCUUUGUAUCCAAAA